AUGGCUGACAGUACGAAAAUAGAAAAUAAUCCCAAAAUCAUGUCCGGUCCAGUACUGACGAACUCCCCAAACGCGGUCCUAUCCAAGACCCUGUUGGGGCGUUAUCAAGAUCUACCUGUGCCCGGUGAUAAGAUAAUUGCUACUUACAUAUGGAUAGAUGGCACCGGCGAGCACCUACGGUGCAAAGACCGCACUAUUAACUUCAUACCAAAACAACCUAAAGAUCUGCCAGAAUGGAACUAUGACGGCAGCUCUACUGGUCAAGCUGAGGGUCACAAUGCCGAUACGUACUUGGUACCAAGGGCGAUUUACAAAGACCCGUUCAGACGUGGAAACCAUAUUCUUGUUAUGUGCGACACUUUCAAAUACAACAUGCAGCCCACAGAAACAAACAACCGCCUGAAAUGCCAAGAGGCGUAUGACAAAUGCAGAGACGAAGAGCCAUGGUUCGGCUUGGAGCAAGAGUACAUCCUUUUGGACUCGGACCUCCGCCCCUUCGGUUGGCCCCCUGGCGGUUGCCCUCCACCCCAGGGCCCCUACUACUGCGGUGUCGGCGCCAACAAGGUUUUUGCCAGGGAUCUCGUUCAAGCUCACUAUAUUUGCUGUCUAUAUGCUGGCAUACCGAUCGCUGGAACCAACGCAGAAGUUAUGCCCUCGCAGUGGGAAUUCCAAGUCGGACCAUCUGUGGGCGUCACAGCAGCUGAUGACCUCUGGGUAGCGAGGUACAUCCUCCACAGAUUAGCUGAAGAGUACGGAGUCAUCGUCACCUUCGACCCGAAGCCCGUAGCUGAUUGGAACGGUUCUGGUGCACACACUAACUUCUCAACAAAGAAAAUGCGAGAACCCAACGGAAUUAUCGAGAUCGAGAAGGCGAUAGACAAGCUGUCGAAGGUGCACAUGAAGCACAUCAAGGUGUACGACCCCCGCGGGGGCAAGGACAACGAGCGCCGCCUCACCGGCCUCCACGAGACGGCCAGCAUCAACGACUUCAGCGCUGGAGUCGCAAACCGUGGUUGCAGUAUCAGAAUACCACGUGCCGUUGCAGAAGAGAAGAGAGGCUACCUUGAAGACCGUCGGCCGGCGUCCAACUGCGAUCCUUACUCUGUGGUCGAUGCACUCAUGCGCACCUGCAUAUUAAAUGAAUAA